GGCUGGGAAGGCGGGUACCCCGAGAUCGUCAAGGAGAACAAGCUGUUCGAGCACUACUACCAGGAGCUCAAGAUCGUGCCCGAGGGCGAGUGGGGCCGGUUCAUGGACGCUCUCAGGGAGCCCCUCCCGGCCACUCUGAGAAUUACUGGUUACAAAAGCCAUGCAAAAGAAAUUCUUCACUGCUUGAAGAACAAGUAUUUUAAGGAGUUGGAGAACCUGGAAGUGGACGGUCAGAAAGUUGAAGUUCCACAGCCGCUGAGUUGGUACCCUGAAGAACUUGCCUGGCACACAAAUUUAAGUCGGAAAAUCUUGAGAAAGUCCCCGCAGCUGGAAAGGUUUCAUCGGUUCCUGGUUAGCGAAACUGAAUCUGGAAAUAUCAGCCGCCAAGAAGCUGUGAGCAUGAUCCCGCCGCUGCUGCUGGACGUGCAGCCGCAUCACAAGAUCCUAGAUAUGUGUGCAGCACCUGGAUCAAAGACUGCACAGUUAAUUGAAAUGCUGCACGCCGACAUGAAUGUCCCCUUCCCAGAGGGAUUUGUUAUUGCCAAUGAUGUGGACAACAAGCGCUGCUAUCUGCUCGUUCAUCAAGCCAAGAGGUUAAGCAGUCCCUGCAUCAUGGUGGUGAACCACGAUGCGUCCAGCAUCCCUAGACUUAUGGUAGAUGUGGACGGACGGAAGGAGGUCCUCUUCUAUGAUCGAAUUUUAUGUGAUGUCCCUUGCAGCGGGGAUGGCACCAUGAGGAAAAACAUCGAUGUGUGGAAGAAGUGGAGCUCCUUGAACAGCCUGCAGCUGCAUGGCUUGCAGCUGCGGAUUGCAACGCGCGGCGCUGAGCAGCUGGCGGAAGGGGGUCGCAUGGUGUACUCCACGUGCUCCCUGAACCCCGUCGAGGACGAGGCCAUCAUAGCGUCUCUCCUGGAGAAAAGCGAAGGCGCCCUGGAGCUGGCUGACACGUCCGCCGAGCUGCCGGGGCUGAAGCGGAUGCCUGGACUCACGCAGUGGAAGGUCAUGACGAGGGAGGGGCAGUGGUUUGCGGACUGGGAUGAGGUUCCCCGCAGCAGGCACACCCAAAUCCGGCCCACCAUGUUCCCACCAAAGGACGCCGAAAAGUUACAGGCCAUGCACCUGGAGCGCUGCCUUAGGAUAUUGCCACACCAUCAGAACACGGGCGGAUUCUUCGUGGCAGUCUUGGUGAAGAGGUCUUCGAUGCCGUGGAAUAAGCGUCAACCAAAGGUCCAGGGCAGAUCUGCAGCUGGCAGAGAAACCUCGGAGCUGAGCCCUGCGGCUCCUGCAGAAGGGCCACCCAGCGACCCCCCUGAGCUGGACAGCCAGGCAGCCACAGGGGCUGGUGAUGCGGAAACCACUGAGGCAGCCGAGAAUUCAGAGAAUCAUGACAAUAAGAAGGAUGGCGUGUGUGGUCCUCCCCCUUCGAAGAAGAUGAAGUUAUUCGGGUUUAAAGAAGAUCCGUUUGUGUUUAUUCCCGAAGAUGACCCCCUGUUCCUGCCUAUUGAGAAGUUCUAUGCUCUGGAUCCCUCGUUCCCGAGGCUGAAUCUGCUAACCCGAACUACAGAAGGGAAGAAGAGGCAGCUCUACAUGGUGUCCAAGGAGCUGCGGAACGUGCUGCUGAACAACAGCGAGAGGAUGAAGGUUAUUAACACAGGGAUAAAAGUCUGGUGUCGAAAUAACAGUGGUGAAGACUUUGAUUGUGCUUUUCGGUUGGCACAGGAGGGAAUAUAUACAUUGUAUCCGUUUAUUAAUUCAAGAAUUAUUACGGUGUCCAUGGAAGAUGUUAAGAUCCUGUUGACCCAGGAAAACCCAUUUUUUAGAAAACUCAGCACGGAGACAUACAGUCAAGCCAAGGACAUGGCGAAGGGAAGCGUGGUGCUGAAGUAUGAACCGGAUUCCGCGAGUCCGGAGGCCCUGCAGUGCCCCAUUGUGCUGUGCGGGUGGCGGGGCAAGGCCUCCAUUCGGACCUUCGUGCCCAAGAACGAGCGGCUGCACUACCUCAGGAUGAUGGGACUGGAGGCGCCAGGCGAGAAGAAGGAGGGCGCCCCCCCUCCCAGCGAGGCUGCGGCGGGCUCGGUGUCGCCGGAGGGCAGGCUGGGCGAGGAGCUGGCGGAGGAGCCCCGCGGGGAAGAGGCAGGUGCCCCGGGCACCACUCCGGGCUCCGAGCCGCCCCACGCGGACACCGGGCGCUGAACUGGCUCUGUGGGCCCUGGUGUCACACCUGAAGUCGGCGCCUCUGCUGGACUGGAAAGUGUUCUUAGAGACCAGCACUCUGGGCUGACCUGGGCUCGUUCUGGGCUCAGUGUUGCUCUGCGGAGCUCAGAAGAGAGCACCUUUGUGGCCUCCAGUUGCUUCCUUGUGCUCUGGCAGAGCGGGCCUGAGCAGCUGUCUGCGACUCCACCUGCAGGUCGUCCUGUCCUGCAAAAAGCGAGGUGCCCUUGCAGCAGGCUGGCACACCUUUCCUUGUGCCCACGUUCAUCAGGGCCAGUGUUUUACAAGUUAUUAUUUAUAGGCAGGGUCCAGCUCUGCGAGAGCCGCGCAGAGCAAGGGGCUGGUGGCGGGCAGCCGUAAUCCUGUGCCUUUGUAACGAAGCCAAGGAAACCUUCUGGGGAAGCGCUUGGCGCGGGUUGUGAUACUGUUGGGUGGGCGUUCUGUGCUUUUCUUCAGCGGGUGCUUGGCAGUUUUUAUUUUUAAAAAGGGUUGAAAAUCCUGAAAAUGUUUAAAUAAAGAGCUAUUAAUGAUAAUA